AUGGAACCUACAUGGCCACACUUCAACAACAACGUAAAUUCAUCCCUUGAUGACAAUGGUUAUUACCUAUUUGGUAUGAAUGAUCAUAUGGAUCACUCUGGUUUCUCGCCUCCUUUCACCACAACAGAGGACUCCUCUGACAUUUCUCUUAUGAUCCCAAAUUUCCCAUCCAUGUUCUCCGAUGAGUUCAUUCAUUUUCCAAGAAAUGUUGAUGAACUGGACAUCAGUUUAUCAACAGAUGAUUUCUUUCUAGAUUUCGAGGAGUUUGAACCGAUCUCGAGUGGUGAAAUUGGAGAGAUAUCUGGAUAUUUGGAGGACAGUGAAGGUAGUGUUCCUACCCAACAACUAUCAGUUGAUGGAGGACAUCAAUGGAGGCUUAGCCCAUCUAUUGAACCAAGUGACAUGUCGAUGGAUGUGACAUCGAUCCAACCAUCAUUAAUCUUGCCUACUGAAGACAUGGAGAUUGAUAAUGAACUGAGCAUAAUUCACCUAGUCAAGGCUUAUGGUGAAGCCACGGAGGAAGAACAAACACAGCUCGCUGAGGCCAUCGUGGAAUGCAUACGUGAGAAAGUCGGUCCAGUAGGUGGAAUCAUGGAACGCCUUUUGUUCUACUUAUUCCAACCUUUGGACAAGGAAGAAGAUUACAUCAGACAAGAGGCCGGCAAGAACUUCCAUGCAGCUUUCAAGGCAUUCUACCAGAUAUUCCCAUAUGGCAAGUUUGCUCACUUUGCAGCCAACUUGGCCAUCCUUGAGGCCAUGCCUCAUGAGGCGGAGAUCAUACACAUCAUUGACUUCGACAUGGGAGAAGGGGUUCAAUGGUCUUCGAUGAUCGAAGCCAUUGGACAACAAAGGGAGAUUAGGCUGACAUCAAUAAAAUGUAGCGCGGAGGAUCCAGAUUGUGACCCUUCAAGAUGGAAGUUCAAGGAGACACAGAGAUGGCUGUACGACCAUGCGCGAGCUUUUGGUGUGAAGUUAAAGUUGGAAGAGAGGGAAUUGCAUGAUGUGGUGAGUGAGAUAAAGAGAAUGAAGAGAAGGGGUGGGAGGAGAGAAUGGUUGGUGUUUAAUUGUAACGUGGGACUUCCACAUAUGGGGAGAGGGAGGAGCAGGAGAGAAGCUAUGCAAUUUAUGAGUGUAGCAAAGGAUUUGCUAGCCUAUACAUCAAAUGGUAACAACAACACCAGGGGUAUGGUAACUUUUGGUGACGGAGAAGCUUGGGAGAAGACAAGAAAUUGCUCAAGUUUUGAGUCAUUUCUUGAUGGGUAUGUGGCACAUUACCAAACUUUAAUAGAAUCAAUUGAGCGGAGUUUUCCAAUUCAUCUUGAAGCAAGAAUUGCCAUGGAAUGUCUGUUUGUGGCACCUUUUGUCUCUUCUAUUGAAUGGACUCAAAAGUGGGAGGAGAUGAAGGAUUGUUGUGAUCUUCAAGCGGGGUUUGGAUUGGAGGGUUGGAGAGUGAGCAAAGAGAGCUUCAUGGAAGCCAAAGAAAUGGUGAGAGAAGGGGAGAGUCUGUAUGGGGUGAGGGUUGAAGGGGACACUAACAACAAGCUGGUCCUGGAUUGGAGAGGGGCACCAUUAGUGACAGUUACUUGUUGGAGGAUUUAG